GGAGAGAGACCAGCCGCUAACCCCCGCCGGCCGCCUCUUCGUGCAGCCGCAAAUGGACCAGAUCAUCAACGUCGCAAUCGCCGUCGAUUCUCCGUUCGCCGUCGACGUCGCCGCCGUGAAAGCCGAAGUCCGGAGCUCAGUGAUGCUGAAGCUCCCCAGAUUCUGCAGCCUCAUGGUAAGAGACUCGUGCGGCCGCGAGUACUGGCGGAGGACCGAAGUCGACGUUGACCGCCACGUCAUCGUCCGCCACCACCCCCUCUCCGACGAUCCCCUCGUCUCCGACGAGGACGCCGUCAACGAUUUCAUCGCGGAUCUCGCCGUCUCGUCGCCGCUCCCCGCCGACAAACCCCUGUGGGAGAUCCACAUCCUCGUGGCCCACGCGACCGCGGUCUUCCGUCUGCACCACGCGCUCGGGGACGGGAUUUCUCUGAUGUCGAUGCUGCUCUCGUGCUGCAGGAAAGCCGACGAUCCGUCGCAGCUGCCGACGAUCGGCGCGGCGGCGGCGGCGCCGCCGAGGGGGUGGAGUGCGUGGGCGUUGGUGAAGCUGGUUUGGUAUACUCUAGUUUAUGCUUUGGAGUUCACGGUUAGGGCUUUGUGGCUGAGGGACAGGACCACCGCCGUGAGCGGCGGCGCUGGGGUGGAGCUCUGGCCGCGGAAGCUGGCAACGGCGAGGUUUCGGCUCGACGAUAUGAAGAUUGUGAAGAGAGCCGUUAAUGAAUCGACAAUUAAUGAUGUUUUAUUUGGGAUAAUCUCAUGUGGCCUCUCCAGGUACUUAGACAUCAAAUCACCAAAAGCUCUGCCGCCGGAGGGGCUUCGAAUGACGGGUGUCGCCAUGGUGAAUUUGAGAGCACAGCCGGGGCUGCAGGAUAUUUCGAAGCUGAUGAGUAGCAGUAAUUCGAGUACUAGUUGGGGAAAUAAAUUCGGUAUGAUUAUCUUACCCGUGUAUUAUCACAAAGGCGAUUCUAAUCCAAUCGAGUUUGUGAAGAGAGCCAAAUCAAUGAUUGAUAAGAAAAAGCUUUCUUUAGAGGCCCUUUUCUCUUACAAAGUCGGGCACUUAGUCACUUCUUUUCUCGGGGCAAAGUUUGCUGCUAUUCUGAGUUAUCGAAUUCUUUCAAAUACAAGCUUCACAAUAUCGAACAUUAUCGGCCCUCGGGAAAAGAUCACGAUCGUUGGCCAUACCGUGAAGCACAUUCGGGUCACUUCAAGCAGCCUACCACACGCAAUAACAAUGCAUAUGGUGAGUUAUGGAGGAGUGGCUGAAAUGCAAAUCCUAACUGCAAAAGAAAUAAUCCCAGACCCUAAAAUUCUGGCCAAGUGUUUUGAAGAUGCCUUGCUGGAAAUGAAGGAGGUUGCACUUGGUUCCAACAUUAUUUCUUAGAGGGAAGUAUUUAUAAUAUAUAAAUUUAUAAAUUUAUUCUUCCUGUUUUUAAUAUUUACACAUAUCAUCCGAGUUGAUUUGUGUCCCACUUUUUCGGAAUAUUUCAUUUCAACAUUUGAUCGUGUCCGCAUUCCUGUGUCUGUGCAAUGUAGAUUUAUAAUUAACACCGGAAGAUUCCUACACAAGAAUUACAAAAGAUUACUCCAUCCAUCCGUUCGUAAAUAGGUGACGUUU